GUAUCGGAUGCUCUAUUCUAUGAUCUCACCAACAACAAAGAAAUUGAGCGAGGGGACAAUAUUAUCAUCUACUACGGUGGGCAUGGCUCCUGCCACUACUGUGCAGAUCAUUUUCUCGAUUCUCGAUGCAGUAAUGUUUCCUGUCCCACCGAAGCUCUGUGCCCCAUCGAUCGUGAUACCCAAGACGCCGGCGGAAAAUGGAUCCCCGACAUCAGUGACCGAGAGCUCAACAGUCUUUUUGUACAGAUAUCUCUCGCCAAGGGGCAUAAUAUCACAUUCAUCGCAGACUGC